CAUCAUCCUUUCCAUUGUUAUACGUUUCUGUUUGUUAGCACUUGAUUAUAUUCAUCUAUACCAAAUUGAUGUGUUAAAAAUUAAUUUCGCUUCUUGAAGAUGAUCAACUCAGAAAUGUUAAAGAUCAUCCUCGCCAUAAUUCUUGCAAUUUCGAAACUGGGUGAAUCGGACCCAGAAACCGUUCUCAUAAACCAGGGAUGCAGCCAGUACAACGUCACCAAUCUAUCGGACUUCAACGCCAAUCUGAACGCAACUUUUGCUCAACUGAGAGACGCGCUAAACUCAGGCAAGUAUUUCGCCACGGCAGAGCAGCCGACGGGGUCAGACUCCGCCUAUGCGUUGGUGCAGUGCAGAAACUACCUAUCAUCAGCUGAUUGUAUUGCCUGCUUCACCGCCGCUGAGUCAUUGAUACGCAACUGCUCUGCCGCCAACGGCGCCCGUGUUGUCUAUUUGGGGUGUUUCCUCAGGUACGAGAGCAGCAAUUUUUUCGAUCAAAGCACUCAAGAGGGUGCGUUUGGAAGCUGUGGGAAUCAAACAGUGCGAGAUUCUAGUGCUUUUCAAACGGCUUUGAGCGAGCUUCUAGUUGAUCUCCAAGUUGCGACACCGAAGAUCAAUGGGUAUUUUGCUGCCAGUAAGAGGGCGGUCGCCGGAACGUCGGAAGAAGCUUAUGCUAUUUCUCAAUGCGUUGAAACCAUUUCUGAAAGUGGCUGCAAGCAAUGCUUGCAAGUGGCGUAUGGAAACCUUCAAAGAUGUCUUACGAGUACGGUCGGUUGGGCCGUUGACGUGGGCUGCUUCGUCAGGUUUUCCGAUUCUCCAUUCUUUGCCGAUAAUCAGACUACUGAUAUUACUUCCUUCUUGAAAACUGGUUCAAGCAAUAAGAAAGCAAUCAUUGGAGGAACAGUGGCUGGAGGAAUAUGUCUGCUACUUUUGGCAUUGUUUGUGUGGUUCAUGUUGUCAAGAAAAAGAAAAGUUACUAAAAGAGGAAAUAUACUAGAAGCAACUGAGUUGCAAGGUCCAAUCAAUUACAGAUACAAAGAUUUGGUUUCUGCAACAAGAAACUUUAGUGAAGAAAAUAAACUUGGGGAGGGAGGUUUUGGUGAAAUUUACAAGGGAACUCUGAAUAAUGGAAAAGUGGUAGCAGUGAAGAAACUAGCAAUUGGGUUGUCUCACAGGAUAAUAUCUGAUUUUGAAAAUGAAGUUAAGCUAAUAAGCAAUGUUCAUCACCGGAAUCUCGUCCGGCUUCUUGGUUGUUGCAGCAAAGGCCCAGAACUUCUCCUUGUUUAUGAGUUCAUGGCCAACAGCAGCCUUGAUAAACUGCUGUUUGGUGAAAAACGAGGGUGUUUGAGCUGGAAACAACGUUAUGACAUAAUCCUGAACACAGCAAGAGGGCUGGCGUACUUGCAUGAGGAUUUUCAUGUCUGCAUAAUUCAUCGAGAUAUAAAGCCCAGCAAUAUUCUUUUAGACGAUGAUUUUCAGCCAAAGAUAGCUGACUUUGGAUUAGCAAGGCUGUUACCUCAAAGUCAAAGCCAUGUUAGCACCAAAUUUGCAGGGACAUUGGGAUACACAGCACCUGAGUAUGCAAUCCAUGGACAAUUAUCAGAGAAGGCUGAUACGUACAGUUAUGGUGUCGUCGUACUCGAAAUCAUCAGUGGCCAGAAGAGUAAUGAACUCAGAGACACUGAUGAUUAUCUCCUCAAACGGGCAUGGAAACUGUACGAGAAUGACUUACAUGUGGAUUUGGUGGAUGAACAUUUAGACCCAAAUGAGUACACUCAAGAAGACGCCAAAAAAGUGGUGGAAAUAGCUCUAAUGUGCACUCAGGCAGCUCCUGCUUCAAGGCCAACAAUGUCAGAAGUGGUUGUUUUACUAAAGAGCAAGGGCUCCAUACAGAAUAGACCAGUAAUAACAAGGCCUACCUUUAUUGAUGCCGAAACAAAGGUUCGCGGAGACACCUCAACCUCCACUGCUUCUUCUGCAUCUAACGCUACAGCCUCCAUAACAGAUGUCUCUGGUCGUUAAUAAGUUAAUUAAUUCUAGUUUUACAUUAAGUUUAAGAUAGAAGCAUUUUAUUUUGGUUAUAGUUUGUAAAAUACAAAUAUAAAUACUGUGAGGUUUAUAAUUUAAUAUUACAAAGUUUAAAGUUAGUUAGGUCUA